AUGUGCACAGGAGGCUGCGCCAGGUGCCUGGGGGGCACCCUCAUUCCCCUGGUGGUGUGUGGCUUCGUGGCUAAUGUCCUGUUAUUCUUCCCUGGAGGGAAAGUGAUAGACAACAACGACCACCUUUCCAAAGAGGUCUGGUAUUUCGGAGGAAUAUUAGGAAGCGGGGUCUUGAUGAUCUUCCCUGCGCUGGUGUUCUUGGGCCUGAGGAACAAUGACUGCUGCGGGUGCUGCGGUAACGAGAGCUGUGGGAAGCGAUGUGCGAUGUUCACUUCCACAAUAUUUGCUGCGAUUGGAUUCUUGGGUGCUGGAUACUCAUUUAUCAUCUCAGCAGUCGCAAUCAACAAGGGUCCUAAAUGUCUCUUGGGCGAGAAUACAUGGGGCUACCCCUUCCAAAACGGGAAUUAUCUCAAUGACAAAGACUUGUGGAGGCUGUGCCAAGCACCAGCUAAUGUGGUUCCCUGGAAUCUGACCCUCUUCUCCAUCCUGCUGAUCAUAGGAGGAAUCCAGAUGAUUCUCUGCGCCAUCCAGGUGAUCAACGGCCUCCUGGGGACCCUCUUUGGAGACUGCCGGUGUUGUGGCUGCUGUGGGGGGUUUGCCUCGCACACAGCUGGUCAGCAUUCCUACACCAGCAGGACUCUGCAGGUGACUUGGGCUCUCAGCCUACUUCCAAAACUCACUGCUGAGUGCCCCAAUGUCAGCAUCAAGGCUCAGCAGCCUGUUGACAAGCUAGCCCUGUCAUACCCGGAGCUGCUGUGCAAACUGGGCCCGACGGCACCAGCCCUGCUGCCAUUCAUGAGCACACCACAAGAAGUGGAGCCCUUUGUCAUGGAGCUAAGGCAGCUGGCUGACCCAGGAAUCAGAGAUGCUGAAGGAGAGUCUGGGGCAGCCUGGAGACUACUCACGGGCGAGGCGGUCCUCAGACAAGAGCGUGCACCAGAAUCACCUGCCCGCUCGUUGCACAGAUGCAGGCUCCCGGCCCCCAGCCGCGCGCAGGCUCAGGGGUCUGAGAACAUGACGUGUCACACUCACAGCUCGGGACAUGCUGAGGGGCGCAGCCGCUGA